AUGUUGAAGUAUCUUCGUGAAAAUGGUGAAAGCACGCUCGCGUCAUUCAUGGGAAACACAUGGGAAAGCAAACGUGAGGAUAGACAGACUCCUCCAACUACUCAUUGCCCUUACUACGAGUUGGAAGAGGACCGGAAGAUUAUGAAGGAGAGAGGACUGGAGGAAGGAAGGUACAGGCUCCAGCAACAUCACAAGGCGCACACGUCGGCUGUCAACAAAUAUUGCGGGCAGCAGCAACUUGUCACUGUUUUUGGUCCUGGAACCUGGGAAGUGAAAGAGAACGGAAACUCAUAUCGCGUGGAAGAAUCCUAUUGUCCAUGCGACAAGGACAUGUCGUAA